UCACCUGUUGUAACUUCACUCCUGGUAGAGCUGAUGGCUGCACGUUGCUGUGUGUGCAGGCAGCUGCGCAGCGCUCUGACGUUCUUGAGCUGGUGGGAAAGGUUCGUUGUGCAGUGUGUGGAACUGUGCUGUCUCGUGUGCAGAAUCCAUGCUGGUUUACUCUGGCCGGAUUGUUUUUAAUAGUUCAAUUUGGCACCUCCUUAAGUAGAUGUUCCAGGGCUAAAGCAGUGGAAACGUACAAAAGAUGGGACAGAAAAGGUGAUUGUGUGUGUGAAGUGCCUUUUUUCUCUAGAAAAGUAGGUCGGUAUUUUCUGCCCUCGUUUUCAGAGCCGUUACUUGUUGACUGGCGCUCAUUUAUUGCUCUGAGCAGUGAUUUAGCAGGGUCUAUAUAUAGACAUCUCCAGAACAGAUAGGCGAGAGCGCUUCCCUUGGAUUCAGAAUCAAUUCGUAACAGCCAGUGACCUCCUGUUGCCUGCGAUUGGCCAUCCUGCUUUACAGUUUUGUAGAGAGCAGAUAGCAGAUAAAUACAUUGCCUUCAGGUCAAAGUCUUCACGUGGUGUGGAAAAGAAAUGUCAUCACAAAGCCGUGCUCCUGCAAGCCGGUAGAGCCUCUGAGCUCUCGGCGGAUUUCACGUGAGCUGGCUGUGAUGUGCCCUCUGCCGCCGUCCUCUUCCCAGCUCAGGCUGCCUCUGUCCUCUUAAAGUAGAGAAGUCCUGUGUCGUGUGGGUGUAGGUGUGAUGUUGAAAGGGAAGAGUAGCCGUUGUGUGUGCUUGCUGCAGCAGGAAGAAGUUCUCAUAGAAAUAUGGAGAUAGCUGGCCUCCGCAUGUGUGUCAAGGCAAACUUUUUAUGGUAAUAAAUAGGCGUGAGGUUGGGGGGAUGUUGCGUCAUUCUGGGCUCCUGGAGAAGCAGCAGACGUUUUAGGAAGUCCCAGUGCUUGGAUUGAUACUUUGACAGAGUAGCUGGUGUCCUGUUACUGCUGAACGUGCUCUAGACACCAUGAACUUCGAUGUGAUCAAAGGGAAGCCCAUUCGCAUCAUGUGGUCUCAGAGGGACCCCUCGUUGAGGAAGUCGGGGGUUGGGAACGUCUUCAUUAAGAACCUGGACAAAUCCAUUGAUAACAAGGCACUUUAUGACACGUUCUCAGCGUUUGGGAAUAUUUUGUCCUGCAAGGUGGUGUGUGAUGAGAAUGGCUCUAAGGGCUACGCAUUUGUGCACUUUGAGACCCAGGAUGCUGCAGAUAGAGCCAUCGAGAAGAUGAACGGCAUGCUGCUAAACGACCGCAAAGUAUUUGUUGGGAGAUUCAAGUCUCGUAAAGAGCGGGAGGCUGAGCUGGGAGCCAAGGCAAAGGAAUUCACCAACGUUUAUAUUAAGAACUUUGGGGAUGACAUGGAUGAUGAAAGACUAAAGGAACUCUUCAGUAAAUAUGGUAAGACUCUGAGUGUUAAAGUGAUGACAGACCCCACUGGAAAAUCCAAAGGCUUUGGCUUUGUAAGCUUUGAAAAGCAUGAAGAUGCUAACAAGGCAGUGGAAGAAAUGAAUGGGAAGGAUAUCAAUGGGAAAAUGGUGUUUGUAGGCCGAGCACAGAAGAAGGUGGAGCGCCAGGCAGAGCUGAAAAGGAGAUUUGAACAGCUAAAACAAGAGAGAAUCAGCCGGUACCAGGGAGUUAACCUAUACAUUAAAAACCUAGAUGACACUAUAGAUGAUGAAAAACUGAGGAAGGAAUUCUCACCUUUUGGGUCAAUAACAAGUGCAAAGGUGAUGCUGGAAGAUGGACGGAGCAAAGGGUUUGGCUUUGUCUGCUUUUCCUCUCCAGAGGAAGCUACGAAAGCUGUGACAGAGAUGAAUGGUCGAAUAGUGGGCUCAAAGCCACUCUAUGUUGCACUUGCACAAAGGAAAGAAGAGCGGAAGGCUCAUCUAACUAAUCAGUACAUGCAGCGCAUUGCUGGCAUGAGAGCCUUGCCAGCCAACACAAUCAUUAAUCAGUUCCAGCCUGCUGCUGGCGGUUAUUUCAUGCCUGCUGUGCCCCAGGCUCAGAGCAGACCCACUUACUAUGCACCCAAUCAGAUGGCACAGAUGAGACCCAACCCGCGCUGGCAGCAAGGAGGAAGACCUCAAGGCUUCCAGGGAAUGCCAAGCGCCAUGCGCCAGUCUGGGCCACGGCCAGCCCUGCGCCACCUGGCCCCUGCUGGCACUGCUCCUGUCUCUCGUGGCCUCCCUGUUUCUGCCCAGCGAGUCGGUGUUACCACUGCAGGACAGAACUUGGCUCCUCGUCCACCUGUAGCUGCUCCUGCUCCCAGAGCAGUUCCCCCUUAUAAAUAUGCCUCAAGUGUCCGCAGCCCACAUCCACCUGUACAACCUUUGCAGGCACCUCAGCCUGCAGUACACGUGCAGGGACAGGAGCCACUAACAGCCUCCAUGCUGGCUGCUGCCCCUCCCCAGGAGCAGAAACAGAUGCUGGGAGAACGUUUGUUCCCUCUUAUUCAAGCUAUGCAUCCCAGCCUCGCAGGGAAGAUCACAGGAAUGUUGCUGGAGAUUGACAACUCAGAGCUGUUGCACAUGCUGGAGUCUCCAGAGUCCCUCCGGUCAAAGGUGGAGGAGGCUGUCGCAGUGUUGCAGGCUCACCAAGCCAAGAAAGAAGCUGCCCAGAAGGUGGGUGUGGUUGCUGCUACCUCUUAAGCCAGGAAGACUGGUGAGUGUCUCAGUCCUCGGCUUUGAUUAAAAGCUUCCAGGAUUGGUAAAUAAAGCAAGGCAGUCACUGAGUGUUCUUGGUCUGGGAGGCUUAUGUUGGUCUGGGAGCGGCGCCUGUCUGAUUUUAGCCAGUUCUUCAAAAAUCUGUUUAAUUAAGCAUUGGAAAGAUGAUGCGUGAAUUGCUGAAGUGUUCCUGCUGGGAGGUCAUGAAAGUACAGCAGAUUGAGAUGAGUCUUGUGCCAGUGCUGAUCUAGGAGAUAAAAUGACGUGCAAGAUGUUCUGGUGACUUCAGGGUGAAGUGCUGUGCUGGUGCCAUUGCUUGUCCUGCAGUCAUCUGCCUGCAGCGUGCAUCAGAGGCUGCUGCCAGCAGAGCCAUUCCUGGUGCAGCUCUGCCCAAACAAAUGCUGUCUCCUGUGUCCAGCUCCAGACGCCUAAAGAAGGCUUUUAUUUUGCAGUACCUGGCAGGUAACGUCUUCCUCCUUUUCCUGCAGGAUGCAAAGAAGCCAAAUAGCCCCUGCCAGGUGUCAGCUCUGCAGAUUCUGCACUGUGCUGCAGGACUCAGGGCCGUGCGGCACGUUGCGUAGUUACCCUGCAUUUUAUAAACCAAUCCUUAAACUCUUACCAAGCCGACUCUGCGCAGCUCUAGAUUUCCAAAACCAGAAUUGAGUUUGCAAGCUUUUCCCUUGUGUCACAGCAGGGUUACCGCUUGUCUUUUCGAAGCGCAACAUCGAGGAUUUCCAGUUAAAGCAUUUUGUGGUUUUGGUUUUAACUCAAAGUCCAGUGUGGAAAGUUCUGGAAAGUCUUUUGUCAAUAAAGGAAUAAAAUCUUUGUCUGCA